AUGGCUGGGGCACGACUAAAACCUUAUCCCCCAUGUGAUGUGUACAAUGUCGGGAAAUCCGGAUGGCAGGGCCUGUAUGUUUCAAGGGCCGAUUUCCCAGGGAUUCCCCAGCACGAGUGUGCCCUCGCUGCCAGGGCUACUUUAUUCUUUGCGGUUAUGGGGGAACGGUCUAGGCACACGCACCACGGAGAAGAUAUACGUAACCUCUACGAGAAAAUGGAGUCUAAUAAGGACAGCAACGUUCCAGAGCGCCGUGUCAUGUCUAGUGACGGCCAACUGGAUACUUUGGUCUUUGGGGUUAGUGAUAACGCUACGGGGAACUGCCCUGCAGCGCACGGAGUUUCGGGAGGACUGAAGGUAGGACGAGUGCUGCAGUCGGGUGAGCCGGCACACGUCGAUGGCUAUGUUUGGAAAGAUGGAAAGAUUUCUUCGGAAGGGAAACACGAGGACCCAGAAAGCACCGUAUUGGGCAUAGUAGUCCGAGACAAGAAGCCGUGA